AUGUUUCCGCCUUCGGUUUCAGGGUGUGAUAAUCAAGUUAAAAACAAAUUUGAAGGCAUAAAGACUGCUUUAUCGUUUACGAAGAAGGCUAAGGAUGUCAUUGAUCCUCACACUAGUAAAACCAUGGUGAAUGUUAUGUUGCCUCCCACGAAGCAAGCUAAAAGGAUUAUGCUUCACAAAUGUUUACCAGAAGGCACCUUAGUCUCAAUGCAAUUCUGGGUUUAUGAUGAGUCUAUUGCACCGAAAGUGAUACAAUUGAAAAAAAGCCAGUACCGCAUUGUCGAUCCCAAGGAUUUGUUGAGGUUUGGAUAA